GGUUCUUCAUCUCCUCAAAUCAUAAUAGCUUCUUCCGCUCUGUUUGUAAUUUGUUCCCAUUUUGGUAAUAUAUAAAUUUCAGACUGAUCUCAGCCUAAUUCAUAAAAGAUAAAACACGCACCUCAAUCAUUAGCCGCCUUAUGAAACAAAAACCGAAACCCACCCGUUUCCUGGUAUUCCGGCCAUCCAAAACCUGGUUUUCCGGCGAACCCAAAUGGAGAAAGAGCCUCUCCUCCCUUAUGUCAACACCAGAAGACAGCCCUAUUCCCCUCAGCCUCCACCACCACCCCCACUUUCUCUGUGCCCUUUACCGGAAAACGAUGAAAUCACAAUCCCACCACCCAAUGGUUGUCUCACUCCAUCAGAAUUCAAAGAUAGGCUUAUCUUUGGCACAUCUCCUUCAUCCUCUUCCACCCCUUUAAUGGACUCCUCUUCUUCAACUCUUGUUGAUGCAUUGGCUUUAAGCAUCAAUUCUCCAAGAAAAACUUCGUCUGAGGACCUAAAAUCCAAUAUUGUUGGAGAAAAAUGCAAUCUUGACCAGCAAAAUAGUCAGCAGUCUUGGUUGACCGAUCCCAAUAUUCCAUGGACCAAAGGGAAUUUGCACAGGUCCAAGACUGCCCCUGCUAUGGCUGUUAUCAAUGAUUUUGAUCAUUCAUCAACUCCCAAGCCACCCGUGUUCGGUUCUCAGUCAAUUGUAAGACAAGCUGUGGUUCUAUUGAUCAUAUAUUUGUCUCUCGGUGUUGUUAUUUAUGCUUUUAAUACGGAUCAUUUCAAGGCCACUGAAACACACCCUGUUGUUGAUGCUUUGUACUUCUGCAUUGUUACUAUGUGUACUAUUGGAUAUGGUGAUAUAACCCCUGAUAGUGCUUCUACUAAGCUGUUCUCUAUCAUGUUCGUGCUUGUGGGCUUUGGGUUUGUUGAUAUUUUGCUUACUGGGAUGGUUAGUUAUGUUCUUGAUUUGCAAGAAAAUUAUCUGUUGAGGACACUUAAGAAUGGGGGAGCUCAUGAUCCCGGGCGGUUUGUAAUUGAUGUUAAGAAGGGGAGGAUGAGAAUUCGAAUGAAGGUGGCAUUAGCUUUGGGGGUUGUGAUUCUUUGUAUUGGAAUUGGAGUUGCUGUUAUGCAUUAUGUUGAGAGGCUUGGCUGGUUAGAUUCCUUCUAUUUGUCAGUUAUGUCCGUCACUACUGUUGGAUAUGGGGAUAGGGCAUUUACUUCCUUGCCUGGUCGGAUUUUUGCAUCCAUUUGGUUGCUUGUGUCUACACUUGCUGUGGCUCGUGCAUUUCUUUACUUGGCUGAGGCAAGGGUGGAUAAGCGGCAUAGAAGCAUGGCAAAAUGGGUACUUGGACAGGAUAUGACUGUGGCACAGUUUCUUGCUGCUGAUAUUGAUAACAAUGGCUUUGUGACCAAAUCAGAGUUUGUAAUAUACAAGCUCAAGGCGAUGGGAAAAAUUUCGGAGAUGGAUAUCUUGCAGGUAUGUAAAAAAUUUGAACGGCUAGACACGGGAAAUUGUGGGAAAAUUACUCUUGCAGAUCUCAUGGAAAAUCAUCACUGAUUUGUCAAGAAAGCAGUGCGACUCGAACGCAAAUUUCAUGUUGUUAGACCCGCCCACGGGAAACAUUGUGCGUUGUCAUGAUGAUGAAAGACAAAAGUCACUUAUAAAUCGAUGCUCCCGUGUAAGCCCAACUCUACAACUGCUCCCGUUUGAGCCCCAUUCAAUCAUCCUAGAUUCUCUAUGCAACAGAAGUUCUCAAAGUCUGUAAAUAUUCAUUGCUAGCAGAAUCAGAUACCCCAUGCUAGAAACAGUCUAUCAAAGAUUUUGCUUAUAGCCAUUCGAGAUUAUCUCCUUGAUAACAUAGACUUAGAUUGGUAGCUGUGAACUGGCAUGGUGACCCAACUGGUCCAACAUGUUCAUACGAAAGUGACUUCAUUUUUUGGCAAAUACAUCGAUGCAGAUAAUAGGUGACCUGGUCUUGUUUUUCACUGCUCUCUCAUAUUUGGCACUUUUAUUCUGUUGGCUGCAGAUAUGGUAACUUUGCUGCUUCAGCUCAAGCCUGCUCUUCGAAUAAGCAGCAAUGUUCAAAUUACAUUUUUUGAUGGAUAUUUUUUGGAAAUCAAAAUGCUCUGUACAUCUUAUUCUCCACAAUCUCGAACCCUUUAGCUGAUACUGUUCCUUCCUGAA